GUGGCGGGCGGAGGGAGCCAGCGAGCGGACAGGCAGGGGGCGGUAGCAGCGGCAGCCGCCUGGCUGGCUGGUGUGUCGCUCGGCUUCUGCGGACGCGCUCGGGAACUAUCGGAUUAAACUUGAAUCGAGUGAAAUUACACAAAGGAGGGAAGCGGAUCCGGGACCCGGUGGAAACCUCGAGGACCCUCAGUGACCCCCUGGCCGGCCCGGAUCAGGGGUUUCCGCCCGCCUCGCUUUGAUUGCCCGGCCGAAACCAACUCCCGGUGCGUGUGCGCCUGUGUGGGUCUCUUCUCUCCGCGCUUGCUUGCUUGUUUGUUUGUUUGCGGGGAAGAGGUGCUCCCGGGCGCCCCGGCUCUCCUCGCCCCCUACUCCGCUUCCGAAGACGGCGGCGAGCCCAUCCCGACCCGAUCAUCCUGUGUAACGGAGACAAAAAAAUCAUAGUGACUAUGACUCUAGCAGCAUGGGUAGCUGAUUUAUCCCAAUUAUAAAGCCAGUUAGUUUGCAGUAAUGUGAUAUGCAGAGACCACAACUUGCAUCAAGACUAUGAAAGUUCCCCCCAAAAAACUGGAUUGGUAACAAGCUGCCUAACACUCCAUGAUCCACAAAAUUAAGGAAAUAUGGAAUGACAUUAAGGCAUUUGGUUGAUGACUAAGGCUCUGAAGACAAACAUCUUGGUGAGGUGAAACACAAACUAGUAUUCUAGUUAUAAGGCACUGCAUGCUGCAACAAAGAUGGCAGAUCCAGGAAUGAUGAGUCUUUUUGGAGAAGAUGGGAAUAUUUUCAGUGAAGGACUGGAAAGCCUAGGUGAUUGCGGAUAUCCUGAAAAUUCAGUAAACUCUAUGGGGCAACAAAUGCCUAUUGAUCAAGGAUUUCCCUCACUACAGUCAUCCCUUCAUCAUCCUACAACCAGUCAAAAUCAAGCAAAGUUGACCCACUUCGAUCACUAUAAUCAGUAUGAGCAACAGAAAAUGCAUUUAAUGGAUCAGCCCAACAGAAUGAUGAGCAGUGCGCCUGGCAAUGGCAUAGCAUCUCCUCAUUCACAAUAUCACAAUCCUCCAGUUCCUCAUGGUGGAGGCACUGGUAGUCAGAUGGGAGUCUAUCCUGGUAUGCAAAAUGAAAGACAUGGACAACCCUUUGUAGAUGGCAGCUCUAUGUGGGGGCCAAGGGCAGUACAUGUGCCAGACCAGAUACGGGCACCAUACCAGCAGCAGCAACCACCACCUGCCCAGCCACCUUCAACACCAUCGGGACCACAGGGACAGGGACAUCCUCAGCAUAUGCAGCAGUUGGGAAAUUACAUGGCUCGUGGUGACUUUUCAAUACAGCAGCACGGUCAACCCCAGCAACAGAGGAUAAAUCAGUUUUCUCAAAGCCAGGAAGGUCUAAAUCAGGGAAAUCCUUUUAUUACCACCUCAGGACCUGGCCACAUGUCUCAUGUGCCCCAACAGAAUCCAAGCAUUGGGCCUUCUUUACGACACUCAGUGCAACAGUUUCAUCAUCAUCCCCCCACAGCUCUCCAUGGAGAAUCAGUAGCCCACAGUCCCAGAUUCUCUUCCAACCCUCCUCAACAGGGUGCCGUUAGGCCACAAACACUUAAUUUUAGUUCUCGGGGCCAGACAGUACCUUCACCUACUAUAAACAGCUCAGGGCAGUAUUCUCGUUAUCCUUACAGCAACAUAAAUCAGGGAUUAGUAAACAAUACAGGGAUGAAUCAAAAUUUAGGCCUUACAAAUAACACUCCAAUGAAUCAGUCUGUACCAAGGUACCCAAAUGCCGUAGGGUUUCCAUCUAACAGUAGUCAAGGACUAAUACACCAGCAGCCCCUUCACCCUAGUGGCUCACUUAACCAAAUGAACACUCAAGCUAUGCACCCAUCACAGCCUCAGGGAACUUAUGCUUCUCCACCUCCCAUGUCACCUAUGAAAGCAAUGAGUAACCCAGCAGGUACUCCUCCACCACAGGUCAGACCUGGUAGUGCUGGAAUACCAAUGGAAGUUGGCAGUUAUCCAAAUAUACCACAUCCUCAGCCAUCUCACCAGUCAUCUAGUGCCAUGGGAAUUGGACAGAGGGGUAUGGGCCCUCGGAAUAUACAACAGAAUCGUCCAUUCAUGGGUAUGUCUUCAGCACCACGGGAAAUGGGUGGUCACAUGAGACCAAAUGGUUGUCCAGGUGUUAGCCUUGCUGAUCCACAAGCAAUACAAGAACGAUUAAUAUCUGGUCAGCAGCAUCCCAGUCAGUCAUCUUUUCAACAGCAAAUGCCAACAUGUCCUCCCAUGCAGCCUCAUGCGGGAAUUCAUCAUCAGUCUUCACCACCACCACCACAUUCUCACCAUCAGCCUUGGGCACAGCUUCACCAAUCACCACAGAACACACCGCAAAAAGUGCCUGUCCUUCAGCAUUCUCCAUCAGAACCCUUCCUAGAAAAACCAGUGCCAGACAUGUCUCAGGUUAGUGGACCGAAUGCCCAGCUCUUGAAAAGUGAUGAUUACCUUCCCUCAAUUGAGCUACAACCACAGCAGAAGAAAAAGAAAAAGAAAAACAAUCAUAUUGUUGCAGAAGGUUCCAGCAAAGGAUUUGGUAAGGAAGGCUUUCCUAGUGGUCUUGAUAACCAAGAUCCUACCAGAAAAGCCCUAGAAAGCUCCCAGGAAGAAAAAAAGAAAAAAAAGAAACCGAAGGUGAAAAAGGAUCCGAAGGAUUUGAAGGAACCCAAGGAGAAGAAGGAGCCUAGGGAACCCAAGACACCCAAAACCCCCAAGAUCCCCAAAGAGCCAAAGGAGAAGAAAGUAAAACACACUACACCAAAACCCAAGACCAGCAAAAAAGCAAGUAACAAGAAAGCAGAAUCAGAAUCUAAUGCAGUGAAGAAAAAGGUCAACAAGGGAAAGGAAGGUUCUGAAAACUCAGAUGUGGAAAAAACACCACUAGGAUCACCACAUCCUGAAGAGGAAGAUGAUGCAGGAAUUCAGAAGAGGCGUUCUAGCAGGCAAGUUAAAAGAAAGCGUUAUACAGAAGACUUGGAAUUCAAGAUUUCUGACGAAGAAGUUUAUGAUGCAGAUGCUGCUGGAAGAAAUUCCCCUUCAAAUAACUCUCAAUCCGAACAACAGGAAUCUUCUGAUGCUGAAGGUCCUGUGGUAGAAAAAAUUUUGAGUAGCCGCAUAAUCAAGAAACAGAUGGAGAAUGGAGAAGAGACACAAUCAGAAGAAUUCUAUGUAAAAUAUAAAAACUUUUCUUACCUCCACUGCCAAUGGGCAUCUGUGGAAGUACUGGACAAAGACAGGAGAAUUCAACAGAAGAUUAAAAGAUUUAAAGCAAAGCAGGCUCAAAAUAAAUUCCUUUCAGAGAUAGAUGAUGAACUUUUUAAUCCAGAUUAUGUUGAAGUUGACCGAAUAAUGGAUAUUUCACAUAGCAAAGAUGAUAAUGGAGAGCCUAUGACUCAUUAUUUGGUGAAAUGGUGUUCACUUCCAUAUGAAGACAGCACAUGGGAAUUAAAGCAAGACAUAGAUCAAGCUAAGAUUGAAGAAUAUGAGAAACUAGUGGCUAGGGAGCCAGAAACAGAACGUGUGGAGCGACCUCCUGCUGAUGACUGGAAGAAAUCAGAAUGUUCCAGAGAAUAUAAAAACAACAACAAACUCAGGGAAUACCAGUUGGAAGGAGUAAACUGGCUUCUUUUCAACUGGUACAACACACGCAACUGCAUUUUAGCAGAUGAAAUGGGAUUGGGAAAAACUAUCCAGUCCAUUACAUUUCUCUAUGAGAUAUAUUUAAAAGGAAUCCAUGGUCCAUUUUUGGUUAUUGCCCCAUUGUCUACAAUCCCCAAUUGGGAAAGAGAAUUCCGUACCUGGACAGAGUUGAAUGUUGUUGUGUAUCAUGGGAGCCAAGCCAGUCGAAGGAUGAUUCAGACAUAUGAAAUGUACUUCAAAGACCCACAGGGUCGUGCAAUUAAAGGAUCAUACAGAUUUCAUGCCAUCAUUACAACAUUUGAAAUGAUUUUGACUGAUUGUCCUGAGCUCCGUAACAUUCCGUGGCGAUGUGUGAUCAUCGAUGAAGCUCAUAGGCUGAAGAACAGAAAUUGUAAGCUGCUAGAAGGUCUCAAAAUGAUGGACCUGGAACACAAGGUGCUUCUAACAGGGACUCCUUUGCAAAAUACUGUAGAAGAGCUUUUUAGUUUGCUCCAUUUCUUGGAACCAAGUCGUUUUCCUUCAGAAACCACUUUCAUGCAAGAAUUUGGUGAUCUAAAAACUGAGGAACAGGUUCAGAAACUUCAAGCAAUUUUAAAACCAAUGAUGUUAAGACGACUGAAAGAAGAUGUGGAGAAAAACCUGGCACCCAAGGAAGAAACUAUUAUUGAAGUUGAAUUGACAAAUAUUCAGAAAAAAUACUACAGAGCUAUUCUUGAAAAGAAUUUUGCAUUUUUGUCAAAAGGAGGUGGUCAAGCAAAUGUUCCUAAUCUGUUAAACACUAUGAUGGAACUGAGAAAAUGUUGCAACCAUCCAUACCUUAUAAAUGGUGCUGAAGAGAAAAUUUUGGAAGAGUUUAAAGAAACACACAAUCCUGACUCUCCAGAUUUUCAGCUCCAGGCAAUGAUCCAGGCUGCUGGCAAGCUAGUACUGAUUGACAAGUUGCUGCCAAAAUUGAAGGCUGGUGGCCACAGGGUGCUUAUCUUUUCCCAGAUGGUGCGCUGCUUGGACAUACUGGAAGACUACCUCAUUCAAAGACGAUAUCCUUAUGAACGAAUUGAUGGCAGAGUAAGAGGCAACCUUCGUCAAGCAGCUAUUGAUAGGUUUUCCAGACCUGAUUCUGACAGAUUUGUUUUUCUACUAUGCACAAGAGCAGGUGGCUUGGGGAUUAAUCUUACAGCUGCUGAUACCUGCAUUAUUUUUGAUUCAGAUUGGAAUCCUCAAAAUGAUCUUCAGGCUCAGGCUCGAUGUCAUAGGAUAGGACAGAGCAAAUCAGUGAAGAUCUACAGAUUAAUAACAAGGAAUUCUUAUGAAAGGGAAAUGUUUGACAAAGCAAGCUUAAAACUUGGUCUUGAUAAAGCUGUACUUCAAUCCAUGAGUGGAAGAGAGAAUGCUACAAAUGGGGUUCAGCAGCUCUCCAAAAAGGAAAUAGAGGAUCUUUUGAGGAAAGGGGCUUAUGGUGCUUUAAUGGAUGAAGAAGAUGAAGGAUCCAAAUUUUGUGAAGAGGAUAUAGAUCAAAUUCUUCUGAGACGGACACACACAAUCACAAUUGAGUCUGAGGGAAAAGGCUCCACAUUUGCAAAGGCUAGUUUUGUUGCAUCUGGUAACAGAACAGAUAUUUCUUUAGAUGAUCCUAAUUUCUGGCAGAAAUGGGCAAAAAAAGCUGAACUUGAUAUUGAAGCCUUAAAUGGAAGGAACAAUCUAGUUAUUGAUACUCCAAGAAUAAGAAAGCAAACUAGAUUAUACAGUGCAGUCAAAGAAGAUGAACUGAUGGAAUUUUCAGACCUCGAAAGUGAUUCUGAAGAAAAACCUAGCAUAAAACUUCGCAGGCCGCAGGACAAAUCCCAGGGAUAUGCAAGGAGUGAAUGCUUUAGAGUAGAAAAAAAUCUGUUGGUCUAUGGUUGGGGACGAUGGACUGAUAUCCUUCUACAUGGACGUUAUAAGCGUCAGUUAACUGAGCAAGAUGUGGAAACUAUUUGCCGAACUAUCCUUGUAUAUUGUCUCAAUCAUUAUAAAGGGGAUGAGAAUAUAAAAAGUUUUAUCUGGGAUUUGAUUACUCCAACUGCAGAUGGACAAACUCGGGCCUUAGUUAAUCAUUCUGGCUUGUCUGCUCCAGUGCCCCGGGGGAGAAAAGGCAAAAAAGUAAAAGCUCAGAGUUCACAACCAGUGCUUCAGAAUGCUGACUGGCUAGCCAGCUGUAAUCCAGAUGCCUUGUUUCAGGAGGACAGCUAUAAGAAACAUCUCAAACAUCACUGUAAUAAGGUCCUGCUGCGUGUCCGCAUGCUGUACUAUCUGAGGCAAGAAGUUAUAGGGGACCAAGCUGACAAGAUCUUAGAGGGUUCUGAUUCAAGUGAGAUUGAUAUUUGGAUUCCUGAACCAUUUCAUGCAGAAGUUCCUAUGGAUUGGUGGGAUAAAGAGGCAGAUAAAUCUCUUUUAAUUGGAGUGUUCAAACAUGGCUAUGAGAAAUACAAUUCUAUGAGAGCAGACUCUACUCUAUGUUUUUUGGAACGAGUUGGCAUGCCUGAUGCCAAGGCCAUUGCUGCUGAGCAGAGAGGGACAGAUCUAUUAACAGAUGGUGGCGAUGGAGGUGAUUUUGAUAGAGAAGAUGAAGACCCGGAAUAUAAACCAACCAGAAUUCCAUUCAAGGAUGAAAUUGAUGAAUUUGCAAACUCACCUUCUGACAAGGAAGAAUCUCUAGAACUCCAUGCGGGCAAGCACAGUGAAAAUAGUGCUGAUUUUGGUCAGCACUACUGGCCAAGCACUUCAACCCUGACUACUCGCUUGCGCCGUCUCAUUACUGCCUAUCAACGCAGUUAUAAAAGGCAACAAAUGAGGCAGGAAGCACUAAUGAAAACUGACCGGCGUCGACGGCGACCUCGUGAAGAAGUGAGAGCACUGGAAGCAGAAAGAGAAGCUAUAAUAACAGAAAAACGUCAAAAGUGGACAAGAAGAGAGGAAGCAGAUUUUUAUCGUGUUGUAUCUACUUUUGGAGUUAUUUUUGACCCUAUAAAGCAACAGUUUGAUUGGAACCAGUUCAGAGCUUUUGCCAGACUUGAUAAGAAAUCUGAUGAAAGUUUGGAGAAGUACUUCAGUUGUUUUGUAGCUAUGUGCAGGCGAGUGUGUCGAAUGCCAGCCAAACCAGAUGAAGAACCUCCUGAUCUUUCUACUAUGAUUGAGCCUAUCACUGAAGAACGUGCUUCUAGAACUUUGUAUCGUAUAGAACUCUUGAGAAAAGUCCGAGAGCAGGUUCUCCAUCACCCACUAUUGACAGAGAGGCUAAAAUUGUGUCAGCCAAGUUUGGAUUUACCAGAAUGGUGGGAGUGUGGCAAACACGAUAAAGAUUUAUUGAUUGGAGCUGCUAAACAUGGAGUCAGCAGGACAGAUUAUCACAUUCUAAAUGAUCCUGAACUUUCUUUUCUUGAUUCUCAUAAAAAUUUUGCUCAAAAUAGAGGUGCUGGUAAUCUAACUACCAUAUCUCUAUUAAAUCCACUGGGUGUUUGCUGUGGUCAGUCAAUGUCUAUUAUCCCAACCUCACUAGUACAAGAUGAAAAACCUAUAGAACAAGCUGAGGUUAAAGUGGAAGGAGCUGAAAAAGUACCAGCCAAAGAAAAGUCUGGCAAUAAGGAGGAAGAGGAGGAAGAGGCAGCAGAUGUUGCAUUAAAAAGUGAUGAGGAGGAGGAGGCUGAGGUUGAGGUUGCUCCUGUAAAAUGUGAAAUAAAAGAUACAGAACUGACUACAGAAGUUGAUCCUAAAUCACUUUCUGAAAAAGGUUCAGAAGAUGAUGAAGAAGAAAAACUUGAUGAUGAUGACAAGUCAGAAGAAUCUUCACAACCUGAAGGAAUGAUUUCUCGGGGUAAGAAUUUUGAUGAAGAAAGCAAUGCAUCCCUGAGCACUGCAAGAGAUGAAACGCGUGAUGGAUUUUAUAUGGAAGAUGGAGACCCAUCAGUAGCCCAGCUGCUUCAUGAAAGAACAUUUGCUUUUUCUUUUUGGCCUAAGGAUCGAGUAAUGAUCAACCGAUUAGACAGCAUCUGUGAAGCAGUGCUGAAGGGAAAGUGGCCAGUAAAUAGACGCCAGAUGUUUGAUUUCCAGGGGCUUAUACCGGGGUAUACACCAGCAGCUGUGGACAGUCCUCUACAGAAAAGAAGCUUUGCUGAACUCUCCAUGGUUGGUCAGGCCAGCAUCAGUGGCAGUGAAGAUGUCUCUGUGUCGCCUCAGUUAUCUAAGGAAGAUGUACUCAAUUUAUCAGUUCCACGUCAGCGGAGGAGGCGGAGGAGGAAAAUUGAAAUUGAGGCUGAAAGGGCAGCCAAGAGGAGAAAUUUAAUGGAAAUGGUUGCCCAAUUGCGAGAAUCACAGAUUGUCUCUGAAAAUGGGCAAGAAAAAAUUGUAGACUUAUCAAAAGCCUCACGGGAGGCAACAAGUUCUACCUCAACUUUUUCAGCUGUUCCUUCAAAGUUUCUGUUAUCUACCGUUUCGACACCAGUAUCUGAUGCCUUUAAAAGUCAAAUGGAGCUGCUACAAGCAGGCCUUUCUCGCACACCCACAAGACAUCUGCUAAAUGGUUCCUUAAUUGAUGUCGAGCCACCCAUGAAAAGGAGAAGAGGAAGAAGGAAAAACGUAGAAGGUCUUGAUCUUUUAUUUAUAAGCGGCAAGCAAGCAUCUCUGACAACAGAAGAUGCAGAAGUGACCAAAGUGUUUGAUGAAGAAAUGGAACCUCCUCCAGCAAGAAACAUUCCAUCUCCUGGGCAACUGGAUCCUGAUACUCAUAUUCCUGUCAUUAAUAUAGAAGAUGGGACCAGACUAGUGGGAGAAGAUGCACCUAAAAACAAGGAUUUAAUUGAAUGGCUUAAACUGCAUCCCAUGUAUACUGUUGAUAUGCCAAGUUAUGUACCAAAGAGUGCAGAUGUGCUGUUUUCCCCAUUUCAGAAACCGAAGCAAAAACGGCACAGAUGUCGAAAUCCUAAUAAAUUGGAUAUUAACACCUUAACUGGAGAAGAGAGGGUUCCUGUUGUAAAUAAACGGAAUGGGAAGAAGAUGGGUGGUGCUAUGGCCCCACCAAUGAAAGACUUGCCAAGAUGGCUGGAAGAAAAUCCAGAAUUUGCUGUUGCUCCAGAUUGGACUGACAUUGUGAAGCAGUCUGGUUUUGUUCCAGAAUCCAUGUUUGACCGUCUUCUCACAGGUCCCGUGGUGCGGGAAGAGGGUGCAAGCAGAAGAGGGAGAAGGCCAAAAAGUGAAAUUGCCAAAGCAGCUGCAGCAGCUGCUGCUGUAGCUUCAACAUCGGGAAUUAACCCACUGAUAAUGAACAGUCUGUUCGCUGGAAUGGAUCUCGCAAGCCUUCAGAAUUUACAAAACCUACAAUCUCUCCAACUUGCAGGUCUCAUGGGCUUCCCUCCAGGACUGGCGACAGCUGCUGCUGCUGCUGGAGGUGAUUCUAAAAAUCCAGCUGCUAUGCUGCCUCUUAUGUUGCCAGGUAUGGCAGGGUUGCCCAAUAUGUUUGGACUAGGUGGAUUGUUGAAUAACCCAAUAACAGCUGCUUCUGGAAACACCACUAUGGCUUCCAGUCAAGGAGAAAGUGAAGAUGGCACUUCAAAAGUAGAAGAAAAGAAGAACGAGAAUGAAGAGGACAACAAAGACUCUGAGAAAAGCACAGACGUUGUUUCAGCUACUGACUCUGCAAAUGGAUCUGUUGGUGCAACUGCUGCUGUGGCCUCUGCUACCACCACAAGCAACACUGGAUUGCCUGCCAACCCUCUAACCUUCAAUCCUUUCCUUCUGUCAACGAUGGCCCCUGGUCUGUUUUACCCUUCUAUGUUUCUACCUCCGGGAUUGGGAGGAUUGACACUACCUGGUUUCCCAGCAUUAGCGGGACUUCAGAAUGCAGUGGGCUCCAGUGAAGUGAAGGUUACGGAUAAAACUGAAGAAGCUGCCUUUAAAGAUGAAGAAAAUCUAGAGGGCAGCGAUGCAGAGGAGAGCCUUGAUAAAACUGCAGAUUCCUCUGCUUUAGAAGAUGAAAUAGCACAGGGUGAAGAAUUAGACUCACUUGAUGGGGGGGAUGAAAUAGAAAACAAUGAAAAUGAUGAAUAAGCAGUACAAGUUACUGUUCAAGUGUUUUAAACUUUUGACAAGUGGUAGUCCUACUGUUUACACUCACAGUUAAUGUCCAUACUUAGUUUUAUAAGCUGUUCUGUAACAUAGUGUAGCAAACAAAAAGUCAUGUUAUACAGAUGAGUCAAAAGGUAUCUUGGUCAUUAAGUAUUGUGCAGUGCAUUAUUUAUUAUCCCUAGAAGAGAUGAAAUGGAGAGGUGACCUUAUCUUUUUAAGGAAAUUGAUAUAAUGCUCUGCUUUUUUUCCUUUUGGUACCAUUGGUAUUAUAAAGCAGCAACUUGUAAUAGAGUGGCACUAAAUAGAAGGAAGUGCUGCUGAAAGGAAGUAUGAAGUUAUAUAUUUAAUUAUUAAUUUUUAAUUUUUUGCUGUGAAGGUCAAGAUAUUUUAACAUGCAUAUCAUUCUUACAUAUCAUUUUGACUGUAUGGAAGUUCACUCGUGCACAAAUGUGCACAUGCACACCCACACAUAUAUACACACAUUCUCUGACAAUCUCCAUGAUAGUGUGAAUGUCUCUCUGUCUUGAGACACAGCAAUAAUAAGGCAGCUGUUGAAUGUGAAGAGUACCUUUUGGAAAUUACCCAUUGAAAAGGUUCUUGCAGGAUAAAACUACAGUUAAAUCGUCUCGUGAUUUUGUAAUGCACUGGUAAAACAAUUUUUUUUAAAAAUCAGGUACCUUUUUAAAUUAAAGGACUUUGUUACUUUAGCCACAAAGCUAAACAGAUUACCUCAACUCUAAAGUAGCCUUGAAGUUUACAGACAUGACUUUGUAAAUGUAUUUGUUUUUCUUUUUUUGUGAUGUCUUUUUAUUCCCCCCACCCCCACCUUGGAAAUUGCUAUCAUGUAAGAUAAGAUGUAAAUUGCUGCCAACUGUAGUAAUGAUGCUUUUAAUAAAAGUGACUCAUGAUAUGUAAGGUGUAAUUCCUAGAAUAUAGUGAUCACAACUGAUUCAUGCUCAACAGAAACAAAUAUAUCACUGCAGUCUUCCCCCUGUAUCUUUCUUUACCAGCUUUUCUAUCUCCAAAUAUACUAAAUUAGUAGUCUAGGAAAAGACAAGGAAAAAAAACCUGAAUUAUACUCGUAUUGUUCAACCCUUAGUGAAGCUUCAGAAAGAUGCACAAAGACCUGCAUUACUCCCUCAACAUAUUUUCAAAUGUGUUCUGUGUGUGAUAAUGUGGUACAUUAAAGAACAAAAGGGUAAAAGAAAAAUGAGGCUUUGAUAGGCAUGAUAUCUAGGUCAUUUAUCCUUGGUUAAUGGGUAGAAAAACACAAUACUGUAGUUUGAGGAAGGAACAUAAAGGCACUGUGGUGGGCUGUAGAUUAAUGUCUGUGAUGCUAGAAAGCCCUGUCAAACAUCCUACAGGAAACUAAAACUGACCCACUUUAUAGAACACCUAAGCUGCUUCUGAAAUGCUGCUGGUUUGCACCUUUUUAUGACCUUGGAUAAUGUAGCUUUUGAGAGUUAUGCCUUCACAGUGCUGUCACCAAAAUGAACAUAUAGCAACCCUGCCAUGAAGUUAAAGAGGUAGGCAUUUCACCUUGGAAAGAAGAAAGAGAAUUCACCAGGAUGCUCAGUUCCAUUUAGAUCAAUCCUUUAGACUACUUGAGAAUACUGUAAUAAUUAUCAGGAGAACAAAAAUAAUCAUUUACGCUAGCUGUGUAUAUUUCUUUAGUUCUGCUAAUAGUUGCUAAUAAAGUUUAAUGAGACUAUUUUUAAAAUAACCAGUUCAGUUAGAAUUGAGUGUGGAGAGUGAAAGUGUUGCCAUAAACAAUGAAAAUAAAAUAAUGAACAGCUAGUAACUAAAUAUUGUAAGACUGAAAGAUAUGAAUUGCUUGAGUUAGUCCAGAUCAAAAUGUCAUGUUACCUCCAUUUCAAUAGAUCAGAGUAGCUAAUACAGGUCAGGAUUUUUUUUUCUUCGUACAUGCAGUGGACUGUAUGUGUUGUUAUUGCCUGUCAAACUCACAUACGGUGUCUGUUAUAAAAUUCUAGAAACCAACAGAGGGCCAUCAAUCUGAUUGGGAGUGGCAUGCCUUGUAUCUAUUCAUAUCUACCUGCUAAAUUUUCACUAAUGGCUUAUUUUCAACAAACUAUAGAGUUUAUGGCAAAAGUAACACUAUAAAAUAUUAUUUGUCUUUGCAUAAUUUAAAGCAUUCUGUUUUAUACUGGCAGAAAGUAAUUUAAUGAAGGUUAAUGAUAUCCCUGGGGAAAGGAGUUUUAAUUGUCAAGAGCAAAGGCAAUUAAAAAAUGGGCACAUGCACUAUCUGUCUAUAGAACAUUUUAUUUCUGGCUACUGUGUCCAUUUCUAAACUCUACAACUUGUCUUACAAUGGCCUAAGUUGUCAGUACAAAAUAGGUCUCUGCCUAUUUUAUUAAUAAAUAGUAUUUUUUUUAAAAAAACACCAAACAUCUGUGAGAAGACUUUUUUCAUGUAGCAAGUACAAAGAGGCCAUCCUUUCUGUUGGAAAAUCAAGUGAAACUAUAGGUCCAUGUUUAAUGAAAAGAAUGUUUUGGUUCCAUUGCAAAAAGAUUUCAUACAGAAAAUUUAUGGUAUAUAUUUAUUUUUGCAUAUAUAUUAUAUGCAUAAUUUUCCACUUUUCCUUCUUGGACAUGUGCAUAGAGGAAGCGGUCUGGACAUCAGUUUUCUUACAGUGCUGUCUGCUAGUAUGCAGGAUCAUAGAUCACUUGCAUAGACCAAUAUCAAAUAGAUCAGAGGUGUCAAACUUGCAUCAUCACGGUGGUGGCGUGACAUACAACUUUUCCCCUUUGCUAAACUGGGUGUGGGCGUGGCUAGUGUGUGAUGCAUCCGGCCCACAGGCUGCAAUUUUGACAGCCCUGAAAUUAGAUACAUAGAAGGCAAACACCAAAAGUGCCUUACAUACUUCCGUACAUAUAUUUGUAUGGCAGGCAAGAGAAGCAAUACUAUUGAACUCCACAGAACAUCCUUUUACAUACCCAUCUCCAAAAUUUACAUCAAUAAUUUAUAAUGUUACCUUAUUUGUUUGAAAUCUAAGCAAAAAACAUGGGAAAAGCAAAGCAAAGGAAGACUGGAAUGAUGUGGACAGUAGGUAGCAUUCUAGCCUAUGAGUGUCCAAUGGCUCAGUUCACCCAUCAGCUAUUGAUUAAUAAAAACUGGCCAUGUGGAUAAGUGGAUCUUUAGCAGAAGUGUAGAAAUUUUGAGAUAAGGGAAAAUGAGAUACAGUAGAUUUUCUAGCAUUGCUUUAUCUCUUAAAUUUAUUUAGAAAUUAAAGAAACAUCUUGUGGUAGAAGGGUUUAAAUAUGAAAAAGGCUGUUUCAGAAUUGCUGAUUCUGAAGUUUGAUAUGCAGUUUUGGCAUGGAACGACCAGAAAUUGAAAAGAAAUCCAUCCCUGUAGAAUAAUUAAACUUAACAAUAUAUUCCAAUAUUGACUUACUAAAAUUGUAGUGUCUAAUUUGCCAAUUCACUCUAAAUAAUUUCCAGAUUGGAAUCAUUUUUUUAAUAAACUAUGCAACCAAAAUGAAUUAGCUAUCAAUAUGGAGGUACAAAUCUGUAUAAUUGGCAUAGAUUAUUACAGUACUUGCAAUUUGAUUACAAAUUUGGUUUCAGUGGUAUCAGUUUACUACUCAUAUGCUACAAAGCUUAUGUAUAAGAAUUUGGGCAGAAGUAUUUUUUAAAUAAAGGAAGUAAGUUCAUGCUUUACAAAAUCACAUUUUGGUAUGGAAUGUAGGGAUGGGAGUGUGCAUGUGUGAAAAUACUCAUCUUUUAGUACUGAGUACCGUGUAUAUUAUAUGUACUAAGGAAGAAAAUACAAAAUUAUUUGUACUAAAUCUAUUCUGAUACCUUUUCCCCCUAAAAAAUAACCGCAAGGAGGGGAAUGGUAGUGUUUGGAUAGGAACAGUUCUCAGAGAUAAGUAGUUUAACCAAUUGCCUUGAACCAUUUUUUUUCUCGUGAAAAUCACCCUACUGAUCAAUU